CUGAGUUGUAGGUAUUACCCAGUACCGGGACCGGCAGUUUCCAAACAGGUCAAGACCAUGGCAGUCCUCAGUUCCAUGUUGCUGCCACUCAGGCUGUUUCUAUGCUUCGGACUGCUGUGUUCUUCUGCCAGCUCUGCAGAUGACAUUGACAACUGCAUGCUCUUCAAUGAGGUCACCACCACUGGCCAAGGCAUCAUGGCCAAUUCAGAUGUCUAUGAAAGCAACACAAACUACACAGUAUGGGUUCCCGUGAAUGCCAGUAUCAGCUCUGUGGUCCUGCGAGCAGUGGACGCGAACAACAACUCACUAGGCCUCUGGGAAAAAGCAGACCAGCUUUGCAACAACAGUGCCUUAUAUCACCUGGAUAACCUGAGUGACCAGCUCUUCAUAGCAAACUGGAUAUCUCCUAACUCAACAAACAUAGCUACAAUCGUGUUACAAGCCUUCACUAUUAAUAUCUACAAUGUGGCUGCAUUUUCUUCUCUGCAACUAGAAAGAAAAGGUAAGUUUCUCUGUGGCCUAUUUACACUUCUGGCAGUGACUCGGUCAGCCCGGAAAAUUACUUGGUGGGUGCCCUAGAAGAGUCUUCUAAUCAUGUGUUAUCCAGAUGUCAGUUGAGUUCCCCAACACCUGAGACCUACAGAAGACAGUUUGACCCCUUAUCCUACACCCUGUGGGAAACAAAAGCCAUUUCCAAGAUUUUUGCCAACUCCCAGGGGCCUUUAAUUCUCACAGCCACCUUUGGCUCCAGACUCCUGCUUCCUUGGGAGCUAUUAUGUCCAAUGCCACAUAGAUGGAUAGGAAAAUCAGCUCUUGGUUUGAUUUCCACAAAGAAUUCCCAUACACACAAAGCCUUCCUAGGUAUAGCACACUCUAAGCAAGGGGCUCAAGGAAAGAGGGGGAGAUUUUCACAAAGAAGGCUUGAGAGUAGGGCGCCUGGGUGGCUCAGUUGGUUAAGCGACUGCCUUCGGCUCA